CAGUCAAAGUGUUUUAACGGUUGUGUUUGUUCCAUAACAGAUUGAACUCUGAGUGUAACACUGACUCUGCAUAUUUAACUGUGGUCAGUGUAACAGGAUGGGACCACGUGUUCACUGGCUCCGUGUUCAAAUGGACUGCGUUAGUGUUGCAUUAACGCUGCUCCUUUCACUGCUGGUGUUUACCUGUUUCUACCUUUAAAGAGUGUGUGUAGGUGAGCUGAGUUUGGUGUGUUAAAUAUUAAAUUAUUUUUUUCUUACCACACCUAAUAUCUUUAAUAAUACUUUUUAUUAUUUCAUUUGGUGCCUCAUUGGCAUCAAGCCCGAGAGCGAAAGCAGGACCACCGGGCGGGUGGUGUCAAAGAAGACGGGGAAGCUGUCCAUGUGGACGCUCUCCUAAAACAUCUGACGGACUUUGUGAGGGGCUUCAUUUAGUAGCAUGGUCCAGUCCAGUCUGUCUUAGAUGCCCCGGUUCAUAUUUGGACUCACAAUUGUUGAACACCUGUUUAACUGUUAUUGUGUGUGAUGAAGUUAGCUUCUAUGCAACUGGUGACUUUAACCCAGCCGUUGCCUCUGGGUGAAGGGAGGCCGGAAGAAGGAAAAUAACAAGCAGUAAAGUGAGGAGUUGACCUGGCUAAACACGCAACGUUGGACCCCGUUUAAUAGCCACCUCCCACGUCACAGCAAGUCAACUAAUGAUGCUGGUGGUGGAUUUACUGACAGAGUUCAGCUUUAAUGCAUUUAUAAUUUAUAGAAACGUGUUACUUCUUUUCACGUUAACAUUCAGAGGUAUUCAACAGUAAUAAUUUAUUUAUGGAGAAUGCUGCAGGAACUAACCACAGAGCUGAUGGUAAUACUGUUUAUUUAGUACAACACAGUAUUAAACUCUUGUGUAGAUCACACUAUUUAACGGUUUAAACUCGGCUGCUGGUUUACCGUAUAACUGGAACAUUUCUUAAGAGUGUGCAUAAAGACUUUUUCCAGAUGCCAUCCAUGUGAGGCAGGAAGCCCUCCCCCAAUCCCGGGUGCUGAUGAGGGUUCGGGUGGGGCCUGGCUGGAGCUGCUCUCUUUUAUCCUUCAGAUCGGAGCGCGUGUCUGACCCAGGGUCGGCCUGACGCCGGGAGCAACAUGCCCUCACCCCCCGGACCAUCCCCAGGUGGAUGCUGCCCUGUCACAGGGAGAGGAUGAGGAGCUGCGCCUGAUGCUGCGCUGCUUCCUUGUUUAUCUUGUUUGUUUGUUUGUUUUGGUGUUUUUGCGCUCAGCGCACAUCCAGGCUACAUGGGAGGCAGCAGAGGCUCGGCCCUUUCUUUAUUAAGGACAACAUCACCGCGGACGGCCUCACAGAGCCCAAUGGUUCUCCUGUUGUGAUCUUGUCUAGUCAUUAUGAACAACGCGCAAGAGAUGUCGCCCGGCUUCGUGUUGAUGCGCCUGGUUUCCGCGGCUGAGGACGGCCGCUCGGACGCAGAAAACGGGACUCUGUCCCUGGGAGGAGUGGUGGCCGGGCUGGGGAGGGAAGCUCUGGCUCCCGGCGGCGUCAAAGCGGUUUUGGAUAACAGCCGAGAUCUGCCCGUGGGCCUCGAGCAUCCCAGCAGUCUCAAGAACAAAGAGCGGCCGAGCCGGGGGACCGCGGCUGCACCUGACACCGGGAUGAUAGAGGACCGAGCUCCGGUGUUCGGUGGUCCUCAGAUGCUGAGCUCGGUGGAGGCCCCGGACUUUGACUUCGCCCCCAGUCCCGGUUUACGGCCUCAGCUGCUCGUCUUCUCCAAUCUGAUGCGAAGCGGAGAGGGGAUUUUAGAUUUGGAGCGCCUGAAUCAGCCGAUGAAAGGGACGGACCGGAGCCCGGGCCCGGCUGGCCCCAGCCGCACGCCGAGCCUCAGAGGCGCUCAGCAGCACCAGAGCCCGCUGGAUCCGCGAUGGCCAGCACAUCCUCCGGAGGUCCAGGCAGCUGCAGAGCUGUGCCACGGGCAUCGGGUCAUGUCCGACCCGCCGGAGUGGCCCGUUCUGCCGGAGGGAUCCAGCCCACUGGCUGUGAUCACCGGGGACCGAGAGGGAGCCGUGUUUGAGCUAGCCCGGAGGUUCGGAGAGCUGGGGCUCGGUGCUGUACCCAAGAUGAUGCAGUGCUCGUGUCAGAGCGCGCACGGAUCGGUGUGUGGAGGGGGAGACUCCGGAGACGAGCCGACAGAGACCAGCGAUGCGUUGUUGGUGCUGGAGGGACUGGGGAGCGGGGAUGAUGACGGCUUGGCCAUGGAUGAGUGUCCGGGGGACGACACGGAGGACGAGCACGUGCGUCGCGAGUUUUUACUCCAAAGAAAACGGGAAAUAGCUCACAAGAUGUCCGGAAACUUCUCCAUCAGCAGCUUCCAGGUGGAGCUGAGGAGGCAGGUGGCUGCCGCGGGGAACGCGGCGCAACUCUGCCCACAGGUGUGUCCAGAGGACGUCGCUCCUCCUGUGUUGACCCAGCUACCUGCACCUGUCCAACACUCACCCAGGGUCACAAGCCCAGACCCUACCCCGGCAUCAACACCCAGACGGCGGUCCGAGCGGUGCGCCAGUGCGCCGCGGACUCCCACUGGUCGUGCAGGUGGAGAAAAGACUCUCCGGGUUUGUGGGAAGUCCAAAAGGGGCUCGUUAAAGGUCAGACUCGGUAAACUGUUCCGAACUAAAAGUUGCAGCGGCUCCAGUCACCUUCUGGACCAGAGGCCCUCGGUGGCGUUUUCAGUCCACUCUGCAGGGAGUCUGGUGGAUGAGGCGGGCGCGUCGGGUACCGAGCAGGACCCGGACAGUCACCGGCAGCCCAGACUGACCAGAGCACACAGUGCCUUCUCCCCCGCCUCCCUCUCCGCUUUCACCGGUGAGACCGUUUCUUUGGUGGACGUGGACAUCUUGCAGCAAGGGACAUGCACACCACACACCCCCACGCCUCCCUGUCCUCCACGCCGAAGUCUCAGUCUGUUAGAUAACAUAUCUGGGCCUCAGCCUGGGCCUUUUCUACUGAGUGUCAUGGGGGCCUCUCUGCAAUCCCUCCCCCUUCCUCUCCCUCCUCCCCCUCCUCUCUCCAGCUGCACCAUCCAGCAUAGUGUCAGCCUCAAUGAUGCCUUUCUUCGGGCCCUCCCUCAUUCAAGCUCGCUGCCGGCUGAUUCUCCGCCUCCCAUCAGACAAGCCCCACCCUCUGUGUUGUGCGCGCUGCGCCGCUCUGAAGCUAGCAGCUUCACAGCCAGUUUAAGAGAGCUGGAGAAGUGUGGCUGGUACUGGGGUCCUAUGAACUGGGAAGAUGCAGAAAUGAAGCUGAAGGGGAAACCUGAUGGAUCCUUUCUGGUCCGAGACAGUUCAGACCCUCGCUACAUCCUGAGCCUCAGCUUCAGGUCACAGGGAGUCACACAUCACACCCGCAUGGAGCACUACCGAGGGACCUUCAGCUUGUGGUGCCACCCGAAGUUUGAGGACCGCUGUCACUCUGUGGUGGAAUUUAUUGAGCGAGCCAUCAUGUACUCUAAGAAUGGCAAAUUCCUCUACUUCCUCCGCUCCAGAGUCCCAGGGCUUCCACCCACUCCAGUUCAGCUGUUGCAUCCCGUGUCUCGCUUCAGCAAAGUGAAGUCGUUGCAGCACCUCUGUCGCUUCUGCAUCAGACAGAUGGUCCGCAUUGACCACAUCCAGGAGCUUCCACUGCCCAGUCCACUGAUCUCCUACCUGAGUAAGUUUUAUUACUAUGAUCCUGAGGAAGAGAUGUACCUGUCAGUCAAGCAUAUCCGAAGGGUGGUUCCAUCAGAGCAGGAGGCGGAGUCACAGACGUAGCAGCAAAGAUAUCCUGAAUUCAACUCAUCUUUAGGUUUCCUACAAAGGACUGAUCUGUACUGGUUCACCAGUCUUCCAUGGUUAGAGAUACUGGGAGUCUGUGCCCCCACUGGACAGCAACGGGUCCUUCCCUGUGCCUAUUGGAGGAGGGAACAGUGCUUACAGUCAGGCGAUUGGACAAAUGUUGAGACUGCUGUUGAUCGAGUCAUGACUGAGGACGGGCCGCUGAGUCCAAGAGGCCCUGAAAAUCAACCUUAGCCUUUUUGACUUCUGAACCGGCCUGACAUUUGAAUCAUGAAGCGCUGGUUCGUUAGUACAACUGCUGUUUGGAAACGUUUAUUUCUCCCCCUUUCAUUUGUAAAAAUAGGUGCAGUUGAAUAUGAAAAUGCACACAGAAUAGAAAUAAGCCAAGAAGAAAGCCAAGCAUCUUCUGCACUGAACACUAACCCUCCCUCUGAAGGAUGAAACUGGGGACAAUUCUCUAUUUGAAUAAUAUUCGCGUAACAUGGAGUCAUGAUGAUGGAAACUCCCUUUGAUUGGUGCGAGAACUGCAUCAGGCUCGUGUUGCGUCGUUCCACUAUGCACGGAUGCAUAGUGUAAAUCUUUUAACUGUGCAAGUGGGCGGACAUAAAUAUGACAUCAGUUAUUUACUGAGUGGUGGUUUACAUGCAGAAGUCACAAAGGCAGAUUUUUAUGAAACUGAAGAGAAAAUUACAGAAAAUAAUCUUUUUUUUAAAUAAAUUUUGUAAACUAUUAAAGAAUUGUGAAGUCA